AUGGCGGCUCCGGCUGGGAAGGGGGGGGCGACAGCAAGAGCGCUCCGAGCUGAGAGCCGGACCCCGCCGAGCGAUCUCAUGGAGGGACCGGGGCUCCCCCGGCGGGGCGGGGCGCACUCCGACACGGGGCCCGGCGGCGCCGGCUGGCGCGGCUGGGCUGGGCGCUGGCUCCGCUCCUCCGCCGCUCCGGUUCCGCUCAAUACGCCACGGCCAACAUGGCGGACAUUAAACCUCGACUGGCCGCCUCUUUCAGCCAACCCCAGCGCCACAGCCAUUCCCACACUGCAUCGCGCAAGGCGCGGGCACGGCGCCGCCCGGGGGGAGCGCGCGCCGCGCGGGCACGGCGGCGCGGGAGCGCGGCGGGCUCCGAGCGGCCGGAACGGGAGCAGGAACGCGGCGGGGAUCGGAGCGGCAGCGGGAUCGGGGGGCGCAGCCGGGAGUAAAGCGGGGCUUUAAUCAGUGUGCGGCACCGCUCCGCUCGCCGAGCCGUGCCGGGGAGCCGCGCUCCGCUCCUGCCGCGGCGAGGAGGUUUGGGCGGCCCCAAAUCCUCCACACUGGGGGCAGCGUCCCCGACAGCCGCGCCUGACCCUGACAGCUCCGGGAAACCUGGGCGAGAGAGGCGGGGAAUUGCCGACCUCGACCUUUCCGGCCGCUCGGGGGCCGGACCGCAGGACAGCGGCGCCGGGCGCUGAACUCGCCCCGACCCGGUCGCGCUGAGGCGGGGUCCGAGCGCGGGGCCGCCCGGGGAGCGCCCCCGCCCCAGGGACCGGCCCCGCACCCGCCGCCCCGCACCCGCACCCGGGCUCGCUCCGUCCCCCCACCGCCGAACCGAGAUCGCAUUCGCGCUACAUGUAAGAGAAACACGAGCAGCUCCCCGAAAACGAGGAAGAACCGUCUCCCAAACUGUUUAACUUGCAAUCAACUUGGCUUCAUAACCUCUCUGGGACCAGAAAUUCUAUCUGUUUUGCAAAUGGGUAAUGCAGUGGAAGACAGCUGCUAAGGAGAAUGAGACUUGGUUUUUUUAGGAAGGCACUUUCAGUUUACGCUGCAGAAUACCAAGAGAUGAGAUACUACUGCAUUUAAUAUCGUGUUCCUGUUACUAUUCAACAGAAUCUGCACUGCCCCCUCACUGGUAUCAGCACCACUGCUUAUGGAGCUGCCCUGAGUACCAGGUGGGAAUGCCAUCAGAUACAUUAACAACUCUGACAAAAGCCUAACUGCACAUAGCAGAAGAAAAGCCACCCAGAAAGAUCCAUGUUGGAAUUUAUAUGUCCCCACUAUCUGCAGUUUACGGCCACUGCCCUCUUUCUUCAUGUGAUCUAGUUUGUGAAAGCUGCAGAAUACAACAGUCUGAACAAUAAAAGCUGUGCAAAAAGGAUUUGAAAAUGAUACAACUAUAUAUGCAAUUUAAUACACACCCAAAAUAGUAACACUGUCAUAUGCUAUAUUUUAAAACUUUUGCCUACAAGACUAGUGCCUGAACUAGGCUAUAAAUGAAGGAGUUCUUAUUUGCUUUCAGACUGAUUACAUAUCACUGUGUAUGGGUGGGGUGUUAUAAUUUCAAGUAUAUAUAUAACAGGCAAUGUUUUUUUCCACAAGUGAAAGGAUCUAGAUGCCAAUUUAAUGGUGUAAUCUUCUCUGGGGAUGUCUUUUCAGUUAUACAUACUCAAAAGUCAAGUCCAGCAUCCUCAGGGAAACUAAGCUGAACCUCAACUUCAUAUCUAAAAGAGAAGCAAUUCUCUUACAGAGAAGACACAAAGUAAAGAGAGCAAAAGCUAUAGCCAGAUUCCUACUUUUCCAACUAUAACUAAGCUCUUAGAGAUAGUGGAGGCACUUGCCUAUAUAGGAGGACCAGAAAGUGCAAGAGGAAUGAAUGACUUAGGAUUAUUAUUUUACGGAACUCAACAUUUGUCCCAAUGUUACCUGGACAGACAGAGCCCAUUUUACCAUUCUCUUGCCUAAAAUGUAUCUGAAAGCAAAGAGAGUUUGAGGGAGGUUGUUUUGUACUGUCAGAAAGGAAUGAGCUUCCUUCAUAUGGCUUGUUCCAGAGAUUCAAGUUCUUAUGUGUCUAGGGAAAACACAUUAUAGUGGAAGCAGUUAUUCUCUUAGAUACAGCAGUGGUAAUGACACAAAUUAUGCAGACUCUUCUGUAUUGAAAUUUAUUUUUCCCUGUUUAAAUUUUAACGGAUUCAGAAAAGUUAUCCUAAGAAUUGCAAGGGUUAAAAGUGAUUUAUGAGUUUCUCCUUUAUGGUUUUAUGUUAAAAUGUGUAAUCCCUCUAAAAUACUGUGCUAGACACACCUUGAAUUCUUAAUUUAGUCAUUUUCACCAGCAACUCAUUUCACAAAAUAAUCUUUUAGGAUUAAGUAUUAAGAUAAAGGGGACCAAAAAAAAAAAUCCAAAAAUGUCUGACUUUAUGCUCUUGUUUGUUUUUUUUUUAAAUCUUAAUCCAAAACAUUUUGUGUUCUGACAUACAAAACAAUAAUAAUAUUAAAAUCACAAUUUAUUAGGUAAACACAGUUUGAGCUGGACAGACUGGCUAGGCACCUCUUACUUAGGUAUGGGCUUCUGCAAAUAUCAGAUUAUAACACAUGAAUGAUUUCUGAGUCAAGUGAAUUUAAUCAUAUGAUUCUGUAUUAUUUCCAGUAGAAAAGCCGGCAGAAGGGCAAAAAACCUUAUGCUUUUCUUGCAAAAAACCUCACAACUAAGCAAACAAACAAAACAAAAAAAGCAAGCAAACCCACAACCAAAAAAAAAAAAAAAAGCCCCACUUUCUCUUGUGAACACAACUCUAAUUCAAGAGCUAAGGAUAGAUUACUUUGAUAUCCU